GGGGCGCCCACCGCGCUGCCCGCCUACCCCGCGGCCGAGCCCCCCGGGCCGCUGUGGCUGCAGGGCGAGCCGCUGCAUUUCUGCUGCCUGGACUUCAGCCUGGAGGAGCUGCAGGGCGAGCCGGGCUGGCGGCUGAACCGCAAGCCCAUCGAGUCCACGCUGGUGGCCUGCUUCAUGACCCUGGUCAUCGUCGUGUGGAGCGUGGCCGCCCUCAUCUGGCCGGUGCCCAUCAUCGCCGGCUUCCUGCCCAACGGCAUGGAGCAGCGCCGGACCACCGCCAGCGCCGCCGCCGCCGCCGCGGCCGUCACCUCGGGGGCGGCGACCAAGUGACCCGCUCCGCUCCUCCCCGCGUCCGCCCGGUGUCCGCGUUCUCGGGUGCCUUUCCCGCCGGGAGACUCGCCGGUGUGCUUCGUGCUGUAGUGACCGUUAGUUCUUCUUUGGGGAGGGGGCCGCCGGAGAGGCCCCAGCGUGCUCGAAAGGCAAGGUUUGUGCCGCCCUUGUGGCCCUGAAAAGAAGAUGAAGCCCUUGCCCUGAAGGGUGGGAUCGCAGCUUGGAAGACCGAGGAGGGAAAUGGGGCCCUUUCCCCUCGAUUGCACCCCCCUACUCUCCUCCCUCCCCGCACCCACGUGCCCUAUAUUCAUAGCAGAAAAUGACCAAAUCCUGUGUAUUUGUUUUAUAUAUUUAAUAACUGUUUUAAAUGAAAGUUUUAGUAAAAAAAAAAAAUCAAAUUGCUAUUGCUAUAGUAAGAGAAGCUCUUUGUAUCCGAACAUAGUAUUCGAAGUUUGUUGUUUUUUAAUUUAUUUAAAGGGGGGGGCAUGGGAAGGAUUUAACACCGAUAUAUUGUUACCACUGACAAUGAACUUUAUGAACCUUUUCCAAGUCGAUCUAUCCAGUGACGUGGCCUGGUGGGCGUUUCUUCUUGUACUUCUGUGGUUUUUUGGCUUUUAAUACAGACGUUUUCCUCCA